ACUGUGGACCAAUGUGAAUUUCUAUGUGAUUGGGCGUUUUUGAACUUGCGCAAAGUCAAUGUAUUUAAGUGGAAUUUUGGUAUUUUUUUGAUCCUCAAAUUGAAAUUGAAAUUGAAAUUUAUGUGUACUCGUUGAACCAAUCAUCCAGCAGUUGCUGGCUGAGCUGAUAUUGAAAACCGCGUUGCGAUUUUAGUAUACCAAGCUAUGCAUUGCAAAUAUGUCUGGGUCUGGAACAAAGCAACUUGUCAUGCUAAAUCUGGAUCAUGUAAAAAUCUGCGUUGCGUGAUUACCAAAAGCUGUCCACUGUUGACCUAAUCGAGAGGCAGUUUCUCAUGCAGGAUAGGCAUGAUAGAACUCUCACAGAAUCUGUCAUGCUCUGUCCUACAUACCAGACCUCAUGGGUCAUGAAAAACCUGCAUGACAAGUCUGGCACUCUUCCAGACCCAGACACUUUUACAGUUGAUACAAGCAGGCCGAUAACGAUAUGCACCACACCGCAUCCUCGCCUAACUUUUCGAGCCGCGCAGGGGGCCUUACCGAGCAGGAGCGCAUCGAAGGUAUUCUGGGCCUGCAGCAGGAUGCCUUCGGCGAGGCGCGCAUGGUGCGUGGGGUGCACCGCGUCCGGCGCACCAUGUCCUUUGACAGCAUGGGCCAUGCAACGCACUUGACGACGCCGGAAAGUGUCUCCAAGGUCAGCCACGCAUCAAGCGGUCGGUCAAAGGAAGGCAGGGCGUUUUCGAGAUAUAGCCCGCCGUCGGGCGGAUUUCGCCAGGAGCCGGAAGAAAUAGUGGAUGGCGAAGACGAGGACGAAAUCACAUCGGGCGGGAAAACCAGACGCAGGGUGGUUUUACCUCGGGGCCCUGCUGAUUCACCGGCGACAAAGCUCUUCGGUGCCAAAAGUUCGCCAUUACCUCUUGGAAGAGGGACCGCGGCCACUAGCUCUACCAGUCCAGUGUUCCACAGCAAUGCGACGAGCAGUGGCGAGCCGGUGCGUCUUAGCAACAAAGACCAGCCUUCUGCUGGUGCACUCGACGACCAAGAGGCUGUAGUUGAUGGGUUUCGAGAAAAGUUCUCUCGCAUAGCUCACUCUGAUCGCGAACCACGCGGUCAGGAUUCUGCUAGCGGUGAUAUGAAAAAGCAGACUCUGGUUCCCGCGGGGGCUGCAGCUGGAAAUGCUGGAACAAGAGGAGUCUUCGACGCUGGAUCGGAAAACGCAGCUGCGCGGUCUCUCGUUCUGCGGCAAAAUGAUUCUUACGCGUCACGACAAGGACAACAAGGCCCGCAAAGUCGGGCACCACCGGGAGAAGGAGUAGAACUACUGGUCGGCGCAAGUGCAGGUGCAGCUGCGUCUUCGUCGUCGACCCAAUUCAAUGCGCUUCACUCACCAACGCGGUCUCUGCAGGUUGUACGCGAAACCAGUGGCAACGUCAGCGAAGCUGGUGCAGUAGCAGAUCAACAGUUUUCUGAAUCUUCGAUGAAAGCACCAUCGGCAGGAGCACCUCCACUGACUGGAGGAAUAGAAAUGUUAGGGAAAGAUGAUCAACAGCACAAUUCCAGAAGUGGUAGGAACCGUCUGAAUGCAGCGAACUCUGGUAGUACAACCCGUCGGGACCAGCAGCAGCAGGAUGAAGACAACAUGAGCUACAAUAUGGCCGCCGUAGACACGCUGCCGGAGGCUGAGCAAAAAUUUCGAUGGCUAAAGUUCCUCGGAGAGCUGAUUUCCUGGCUGCUCCCGGCGGCGGUAGGGAUUUUGACCGCCAUAUCCGGCGGGCUUAUCCAGAUCGUCUCCAGUAUCGUGUUCACUUGGAGGAGCGGUCUUUGCGUCACGAACAUUUUCAAGGACGCGUACGCCUGUUGCGGCCAUGAAGUAAACGUGGACUUCAAGUGUCGUGCGAAACUGGCCGCCUCGGGACAAACGCCCCACACCUUGGUAUAAAGUGUUGCCUUUGAUCAUGAUAGUUCAGGAUUGCUUUUCUUGAUGCAUGAAUGGAGCCUGGAUGAAAGCGUGGUCAUAAUAUGUCACUCUGGGCUUGUUUAUUCUGUUGUCGACAGCGAAACGUCAAAUUUUACUCCCACUCAUCCUUUCAGGGCACGCUGAUGACGUGGGAGCAACUUGCGACGGCUAAUUCCCUUCCCGAGGACGCGGCCUACUGGUGUGGCUGGAUUAUCUGGGUUGGGAGCGCCGUUCUCCUGUCCCUGUUCGCCGCGCUCCUGUGCAAGUUUUUCGCGCCGGCGGCAAAAGGGUCCGGCAUCCCCGAAGUAAAGGCAAUUCUCGGCGGUUUCAACAUGCGGGCGGUUUUGGCGUGGAAUACGUUACUGGUGAAACUAGCAGGUCUGACGUCCGGCGUCGCUGCUGGGUUGACGCUGGGAAAGGAGGGUCCGCUUGUGCACGUUGCAUGCUGUUGGGCCGAGGCGUGCGGGAAACUGUUUCCCUGGCACUACGCGAGCAGCCCGGCAAACCGGCGAGAGCUCCUGUCCGCAGCCACCGCGGCGGGUGUGUCGGUGGCGUUUGGCGCGCCGCUGGGCGGCGUGCUCUUCAGUUUCGAGGAGGCGUCCACGUUCUUUUCGCAGCGCACCUCGACGCGAGCGUUUUUCGCCGCUGUGUCCGCCGCGCUGAUGCUGAUGUACCUGAAUCCCACGGGAACCGGAAAAUUGACGCUGUUUCAGGUUACCGACACCUGGAAGCUCGACCCGGUGGAGUACAUUUUUUUCUGCUUGCUCGGGAUUAUCGGCGGAGUCAUAGGUGCGUUUUUUAUCAAGGUUAACACGGCGAUGCUGCACUUCCGGGAAUCCGAGUUUUGGCGGAGGUACUGCCCCCUGGAAGUGGAGAUCAGCCUGAUUGCGGUUCUCACCGUUGUCAGCACACUGAAAAACCGGUUCAUGGCGCCGCUGAUGGUGGAUGUGAUUUUCCGUCUCUUCGAGCCGUGCGAGGACUUCGUGAACUCCCGCAGCCAGACGGAAUUCGUAGUCCGCAGCCUCCAUGCCGCCGAUGAGAUGCAUUUGUGUCACCGCGACGGUAGUCCGAAGCUCGAACCGGUGACGCUACAGGAGCUCGCGGCCGCCGGGGUGCUUCGCUUCGUCUUGAUGUGCGUCACCUUCGGUGCACCACUGCCGGCGGGACUCUUCGUGCCAAGUCUCUUUGUCGGGGGGGCGUUGGGGCGGUUGCUGGGAAGCUACCUGUACUACAUCGGGAUCACGAACCAGUUCGGUUUUGGCGAUCUGCUCUCGUCCCCGAUCGCCCCUUCGGUGUACGGCAUCGUCGGCGCAACCGCGGUUCUAGGCGGUGUUUGCCGCGUGACCAUCUCGCUGGUGGUGAUCAUGUUCGAGCUCACCGGAGCUCUACAGCACAUCGUGCCCUUCAUGCUGGCGGCGCAGUUUGCACGGUGGACCGGGGACCUGUUUAACGACGGGAUCUACGAUAGGUACAUUUUAUUGAAGAAGUAUCUCUUCCUCCAAGAGCCCGAAGGGACGUUCACGCCGGGCUACGCGGCAGACAUCGUGGAAAUGACGCCAGCGGACCUUUGCAUCCGAGUUCCCAGCCCGGAAUCGGCGCCAAUAACACUCGGAAUGCUAGAGAAGCUUCUGCAGCAGUGGUCGACUGUUGGUGCGCCACCUACUACAACUUCCGCUAGUGCGGCUGCUUCCUUCGGACCGGUUUCCGGGUACCCGCUGUUAGUUCGGCGGACCAACGCAGCCACGAAAAAAAGGUACCACGCGUUCAUCGGUUACGUGCACGCGGCGCAGCUCCGAGAAGACGUCGCGGAUUUGCUGGGCCCCGAGGGAUAUGGUGCGGAAACGCCCGUAUACUUUGUCGAAAACGAGGAGGUCAUGCCACUCGGUUCCGCGUCCAGCUCUUCCGGAACUUUGGUCGGUGGGACACUGGCACGACCGGAUGAAGGAGGUACCACUGUAGGUAGAACUAUUGGAGGCACUGCAAUAACCACGGCCAUGAACAACUACAAGAUGAACAACAACGACUUCGACUCCGCAAGAACCAGCAGCAUGAACCACCGGGGAGUUGUUCUCCUCUCUUCCGAGGAUGACGAAGACGCUGCUGCGUCGCUUUCCGCAGUGGUUGAGCAGCACGGGGGGGACGAGGACGUCUAUUCACGAAACAUUUCCCGGUCGCCGCGUGGAUCCUUUGAGCCGCCAGAAAAUCUAAAUGAACUGCUUCUACUGCGAGGACAACCUGACAGCCCGUCGCCGAUAAACAGCCGGCCGCGCCAGCCUCCGGGGACAAUCGAGGUUGGAGCGACGACCGCGAUUGACCUGUCGGAUCUGGUUGACCGCACUCUGCUCCGCAUCGCACCGGAGACCCCCUUGCACCUCGCGCACCACAUUUUUUACCGCCUGGGACUGCGCUUGGUCGCGGUGGUCGACCACGAGGGCGCGUUUCACGGUUUGAUCACGAAAAAGCGAUUCGUCACCCACGUCAUAUCACUGAACAAAAAAGCCAGAAGGCGAUUGCACCACACCGCACUUGGCAUGUUCGCACAGCCGCGCGGUAGUCAGGGACUUCUAUUUCCGCGAGCAGCUCCUUCCCCAACUGGACAGAAUCUUCCCGCGAAUAGCUUCGGCGGUGCGACCAACACGAGGGAUAUGUUCGCCACCGGGGACGACCUUCGAAGGCCUCUGCUAGACGACCACCUUGGAGGAAGGACGCCGGUGGAAAAUAGUCAAGAAAAGUGACGAUGAUAGAAGACAGCUUGCUUGUUCUUGCACUACCUGCUUACUUUAAAAAGAAUAUUUUCGGAGGCACUCGCACUGCGCAUUCGUGGAAAAACAGAAACGAAAAACGUGAACAAAUCGUGGUAGGCGUCGUGCUUUGGUUUUCUUUUUAUUGAAAAGCAAGACAAAUGUCUACACGUCAUCAUCAUGUACUUGUCCAUUUUUUAGAAGAUUUACAAUUACAUUAUUUCAUGUGCACACCGGGCACGUGCGCUUGCUGAUGCUCAUGUUUGUUUGUCCGUUCUAGCAUACAGGUAGAUGUACAUGUCGCGGCAGUCCUUGUACAGUAAUAGUGCGAGUUCUUCUGACUUCUCGGCCAGCAUUCGCAUUGAGUCAGGUGUUACAAGCAAGAAAGGUAGAUGUGACAUGAUGAUGAUUUGCUUCACACACACGCUGCACAUAAUUGGUUCACACAUGUUGUUUAUCAGCAUUCAAGAUUUCUUGCAUUCACUCACCCGCCGGUGCGCUUCCUCAUCAGUAUGCAGGUCGUCACGGGUUGUGCAA